AUACAUUCAUACGUGUUUGUACAACAAGCAUGCAUGCAUUCAUCAAAUUUGAGCUUUGUAGCAUGAUAAAUAAUUUUGGGUAAAUUUGUCAUUAUUAUUUCACAUCAGAUUCCCGAUUUAUAUUUUUCUAUAUUUUUACAGAGUGUAGAAAGAUGGUGGCUGUCCAUGCGACAAGGUGGAGGUCAUUUUUGGAUAAAUCUCUUCAAGGACAUGGAAUCGCAGGGUAUAGUGGCAACAGACAACACGUUUCACAUGUUCUGUUUCACUGAGCUUAUUCAAUGUGAACUGGACAAAAUUGCAACAGAGUGGAAUCAACACACAGUAAGACGCACAAUGGAAAACUCAAGCGGAAAGCCUGAUAUUCUGUAUUUUCUGCCGGCGAUACAUGGAACUGUAGAUUACAAGACAGAAGCAGAUCCACCAGAUAUUCAUUCAUUGAAAAUGAUGUGCAGAGCGUCUCGUCCUUCUGGGUGUGAAGCAGACUUUGAGGGUGCGUGUGAAACGCUUCUUCAACGCAACGGCAAGACAAAGCCCAGUGAACAACGGGAAGCCAUGGACCUAUUUGCAUGGCUCGUCACCAUGCUCGAAUGAAUGUUAAAACGUUCGCAGUUUCUGAAUAAAGCUGUUCUUGUCCAGGA